AUAAAGGUAAAUGUGUUGUUAUGGUCCUGAUAACAUGUAAAUGUGAGAGCUUGUAGGAAAAAUGUCAACACAAUAUUUUUGUGAAAACCUACAUAAGUUUAUUACUCAUGUCAUGACACAAGUUACAUUUCUCUGUCUAUGCACCUGUUCACCUUGUCGCAGUUGUAAUGCUGGUCGAUUAGAUAUUUAUGUCACCUGUUGUAUGUUCAAUGGCAUAUCUUCAAACUGAAAUAUAUUUAUGUUUAAAAUUGCCGUAGUUAUAGUAGUGCAGUGGUUAAAGUGUCCUUGUGCAGAGACAGUGUUGAGGUCAGCUGCUGCUACAGUACAUUAACCUGACACACACAGUGCUAUAAGGAUGUUAAUAGAAGCAUCACUGACCCAUUUCUAACAGUGAUUCCUUCACAGUUCUCCAAACAAUAACUUCCAAACUUAAUCUCAAGCCAAGAAUGCAAUUAUAGUACUGACUGUUAAACCACCUCUGCUGAUAUUAAAACCCAACUUUGUUUAUGCCACUGAAUAAACACUGGGCAUUUUAACUCUCUGACUUACAAGUGCAACUACUCAGCCUCCAGUGCAGGAUAUAAACAGUCUCAUGUGCUGUAGCUGUCUGAACUCCACUGCAGACUGAAGUCCUCUCUAUGAAACGUCUAGUUCCUCGCUACGCUGCGUUAUUAUAAACUAUGAUUAACCAGUCGGGGUCACAUCUCUCCCCUCUCCCCCAGUGGUUUCUUUAUUUUGUGUUUGUCUUUAAUAAUUUACUUUCAUGAUUGGAGAGGCUGCUGUCAGUCAUUUUAAACGUUUCCAUGUGCGCAGGAAUGUGAAAGCAAAUAUUGUGGGGCAUUUAAGCAGCAAAACAAAAAAAACUGUAGUUAUAAAAGUGACAUGACAGGACAGAGGAAACUCUCCAGAGGAGAGUUUUUUGGGGUCUAUUAUUGCCUUUAUUUAAUAUGAACAGCUAAAGAGAGAGAUACAGGAAACGUCGUGUCCUGUUAUACCUACGUUUUUUAAUUAAUAACAAAAACAUUGAUUUAGAAGUAACAUUAGAUAGGAAGACAUUGUAUGAUAGAGUUAAAACUAUUAAUAUGAUAUAACCUUACUUUUAUCAUUUUAUAGACAAAAAGAAACAAUUGUACAAGGAAUUUAAAUGGCCAUUUAAUCACAGCUCUCUCAAUCACUGUAAUGUAUAAAUGGCUGUUUUCAUUCAUUCUCUCCUUUUUUCUCUGUUCCAUCUCUCUCGAUGUCUGUCUCCACACACCAACACUAAAUCUGUCCACUACAUAAGAGCGACAUGUGUUCAAACCUUGACACCUUUUAACGUUUUUAGUCACUCUUAGUGUCAGGCAAAUGGAGGCAUUUAUGAAGUAAUACUCUUCAAACAAGCAACGCUGCAUUAGGGAAGACAUCCACUGUCUAUUUGUUUGCUGAGGAUGUCCGGUGUGAAGGGAACAACUGCAGAAUAUGAUGUAUAUUCCUCAUAAAGCCACAGCUUUAUAUUUGUUAAGCUUUUAACAGGCUUUUAGCAUUUACAGUGACUGGUCAGCACUUAAAGCAUGUACAAAGAGGAGAAUGUCCAUAGUCUGUUGCAACAUGGACUAAAAUUGAUUUUUAUUUCAGAGCCUACCUGCUCUACCUGUGCGUGAUUGAUACCGCCAUGUACUUCUGUCUAAAAUAUAUAUAAUGUUCUUUUGCCACAGUCAGUGACACAGUUCUCACGCUGCAUUCAGGAACUAGACUGAAACAGGAAGGAUAUUAAUGAUAAUGUAAAUAUAGUGUAUGGCAUUUAUGACAGUCAGUUUAUUAGCUUUCUUGUUAUGUUAUCAGUCAUUUAACCGUUCAAAGUCAUCUGAGGUAUAGACUGGUCAUACCUGGGCCACGACACACGAAUGUAAAUGUAAAUGCACAGUACUUGCAUAGCACGUUUCUAGUCUUCCGACCACUCAAAGCGCUUUACAUUCCACAGUCAUGUUCACCCCAUUUACACGCAUUCAUACACUGAUGAUAAGGUGCGAACUGCUCAUCAUAAGAAACUGACAUUCAUACACUCACACAGCAAUUUGGGGUUCUAUGUCUUGCCCAAGGACUUUGACAUGCAGACUGGAGGAGCAGGGGAUCAAACCACAAACUCCUGAGUAGUGAGAAAUGUGAAGAAAGAAACACGAGAAAAUGCACUUACUGUACUUGUCAAUAUGACAAAAGUCAUGUCUAAAUCCACGCCAGCAUGGCUGAAAACAGUUAAGCAAAGGUGAAGCAGAGCGUUAAAUGCCUCAUGUAUUUUCUGGGAUGUUAAACUGUAUAUAAUAUCAUAUUUAUGUCAAAUAUGUACAAAAUACUGGGACUUCUAAUGAAGUGGACCUAUUAGGUGAAUUCAGGCAAAACGCUUUGGUCCUUAAUUUGACUUAUCUAAUCUGUGAUGAUCAUAAAGAAGGAACUGGCAAAUGAUGUUGGAAAAACCUUUUUAAGCUACAAUUUACAUUUGGAAGGGGGAGCAAUUUAAUACACUGAAUGUUGCCUGAAUGUUAAUUACAGCCUAAAAAGUAUGUACCUGGAUGAUGAAUGUUUGCACAUUUAAUGGAAUAAUAUUAAAUGUGCAAACAUGGUGUAACAGUAACACCUUCCUAAGUUUGUCCUAAUGUACUGGUCAUACCAGACCAAGUGAGGCUGUAGCAUCAAAACCCCUGAGUGUAUUAAAAGUUUCACUUACAAUAAGAAGAAAAAUACGUUAUUUCUUGUCUUCAGUUUCCCUAGUCUGGCAUCCCCACUCUAAAUCUGUAGCCUCUCAGUUGAUUUUUGAUUACCAAGGGGCGUUAUAAAUGAUGCAGACCAGAAUGCCUCUGGAUGCAAUUGGAUAGACCUACAGAUAAUUAUGGCAAGAACAUCUGUUUUACCUUAACAAAGGGUUUGGUCAACCAUCUGUACAGUCAUGGUAUCAAACACGCCCCAUAUUAGACAGUUAACAGUUGUGAUUGGCCAGACCAGAUCCCAGAGGUGUGGAAAUCUGUCUAAACAGGAGGGGCCAGAUGCUUCUGCCAGAGCAAAUAAAGCAGGAGCAGGCAGAUUCCUCUGGGUCCCAUGCUACAGUACCCCUACAUGUUGCUACUAAAAGCUGAUUUCUAAGAAUGUUCUAAGCUCUGCCGGGAUACAGCUGUGCGGGAAUUACUUUUAAAUAGAUUUUUUUAGCCAACACAGACAACUACAAAUAUUUAUAACCGCCUUUUAAAAAUGCUUCAUGUGUAACUUUAGCACACAUGAAGCAAGUUUGGAGUGGCAGCUCCCAGUGUGCUGGUUCCCAUGUACUAAAUAAAUGUCCUUCAUGUGGUGUUAGUAGAGACACACACUGACCCUGACAGCUGAAGGUCCAGUAAAUGUAUUUCAGUAUUUGUGUUUUAUAAAACUGUCAAACUGUGAAUUUGGCCUAAGACAUCCCUAAUAUGUUGUAUAUUAAUUGUAUUUCAAAUGUGUAUUUCCUCACUUCUGAGUUUUACUUCUGUAUUUAUAAGCCGAAGUAUUGUUUUCUUUGUUAGGAGGAAUUUAGAAUCAGCUGGAUGACACUAAGCAAUCAUGAGUCAUAUGAGGCUUCUCACUGUGUAUAUACACAAUAACCAAAUAAUUUCCUGUUAAGACAUGAAAAAUGCAUUUGUAACUAUAGACAGGACAGUGUAAACGUCCCGGUGAGCUGACUGUAUGCUGCCAGUUUAUAACAAAAAAAAAAAGGAUAUUUGCAUGUAGAACUAUGGUUGUCAUAUUUAAGUCUAUAAAUGUGUCAUAUUCUCAGAGAGACAGCGGCGAUUUGCCUCAAAGUUUGAAUUACACGUUUUGUACAGUGGACAGCAUGGGGAACAGCCUGACAAGCCCACUUCCUCAAAACACUGGGAACACCAUCAAACCUGACGAUCCUUACUCCGCUGGACAUUUAUUGUCCCACGUACCUUUGAAACUUCAGUCGAGAUAAUAUUUAACCGCAAACCCACUGCAGUCCUAUAGUAAAGUGUUGCCAGCGAGUGUAGCCGCCUGGAUCGAUGGAGUUGUGAUUUGGACAGAUAUUGGUUACACACUUCACGGACGCGCAGAAACAAUGGUUUCCAUCGCCAAGGUGCUCCUCGGAGUCUUUGGGGUAGCAGUCGUCGUCAUCUUGAUAGCGGUACCUACGGCUGUACUUUUGAAAGAGGGGCAGGGGGGCAACAAGAACCAGAGAUCGUUCACCCUGGAGGAUGUCUUCAACAGUUCACUAAAGCCAAAGUCCUACAGCAUGAUGUGGAUCUCAGAUCAUGAGUAUCUGUAUAAGUCCCAGGGCUCAGUCUUCCUCAACGACGUGGUCACAGGGACUGUCACAGAGUUCCUGAGCAAAGACAAGUUUACUGAAAAAAAUGCUUAUGAUUACCAGCUGUCUGCUGACCACAAAUAUGUUGCAUUCAUGAGCAACCGUUCCAAGCUGUGGAGGCAUUCAUUUACAGGUUCAUAUUCACUUUAUGACCGUGAAUUAGGCUCAUUUAUCACAACCUCUACCAUUCCUGAUAAAGUCCAGUACUUUUCCUGGGCUCCUGAAGGGAACAAACUGGCCUAUGUUUGGGAAAACAAUGUUUAUAUAAAGACAAACCCUAAGUCACCAUCACAGCAAGUCACUUUCAACGGCAUGGAAGGUCUGAUUUUGAAUGGGAUCCCGGACUGGGUGUAUGAGGAGGAGAUGUUCUCAUCCAAUCAGGCCCUGUGGUGGUCACCUGGAGGGAAGUACGUGGCCUACGCUGAGUUCAAUGACACUGAUGUCCACACCAUAGAGUACUCCUGGUACGGCGAGAACCAGUACCCCAGGACUGUUUCCAUUCCAUACCCAAAGCCAGGUACUCCCAACCCUGUUGUGAAACUGUUUGUUGUGGACACUGACAACACAAAAGAAAUUACUGAGGUUGUUGUUCCCCCCUCAUUCAGCUCGAGUGAGCACUACUUGGCCACUGUCACUUGGGUGACAGAUAAACGUCUUGCUGUCCAGUGGCUGAAAAGAGUACAAAACCACCUCAUUCUUCAGAUCUACAACUUAAGUGGAAACACAUGGGAUCCUGUCGAGCAUCUGGAGGUGAAAAGUUCCACCGGUUGGAUUGGACGGUUCUCUCCACCAGAACCAGUUUUUGCAGCAGACAAGAACAGCUAUUACCUGUUGAUGAGCGACGCCAAAGGGUACAAGCACAUCCAUCAUGUGGUCCGGGACACAGCUACACCAAUCACAUCUGGAGAAUGGGAAGUCACCGACAUCCUGAAAGUAACUGCAGAUAGUAUAUAUUAUUCAAGUAACGAAGAGGGCGGGAGGCCAGGGGGAAGGAAUGUUUACAAGUGGACCAAACAAGGGACCAAGUGUCUGACUUGUGCAUUAAAUAAAGAAAACUGUCAGUACAACUCAGCCUACUUCAGCCAAAAUGCCUCCUUCUACCGCAUGAGCUGCAGUGGUCCUGGCAUUCCUUUCUAUUCUCUCAUGGAUAACAGGAAUGAAAAAGAGAUAAGGGUUUUGGAGAACAAUACUGCAUUUAGCAGCCUGAUAGCUGACAUCCAAAUGCCCACCAUGCGUCGACGCUCCAUUAAAAUUGAUGGAUACGAUCUCUGGUACCAGAUGUUUUUGCCUCCAGGCUUUGAUGAAUCCAAGAAGUACCCUUUGCUAAUAGAUGUGUACGCUGGUCCCUGCAGUCAGAAAGCCGAUUUUGUCUACAGGGUGAGCUGGUCCACCUACCUGGCCAGCACUGAGAAAAUCAUCGUCGCCAGCUUUGAUGGAAGAGGAAGCGGUUACCAAGGUGACAAGAUAAUGCAUGCAAUCUACAAACGUCUGGGAACCUAUGAGGUGGAAGAUCAGAUAACAGCUGCCAGGGAAUUCAUCAAAUUUGGCUACAUUGACAAAGACAGAGUUGCUAUUUGGGGCUGGUCUUAUGGUGGAUACGUAACGUCAAUGGCCUUGGGAUCUGGAAGUGGAGUUUUCAAAUGUGGAAUGGCGGUCGCUCCGGUCUCCAAAUGGGAAUAUUAUGAUUCCAUCUACACAGAGCGUUACAUGAUGGAGCCCUCAGAGAAUCCCUCUGCCUACACUAACUCAACGGUAACUGCCAGGGCCAACAAUUUCCAUUCAGUGCAGUAUCUUCUGAUUCAUGGAACAGCUGACGAUAAUGUACAUUUCCAGCAGGCAGCUGAGAUCUCUGAAGCUCUAGUGGAGAAGCAGGUGGACUUUGAGGCGAUGUGGUACACAGACAAGGAUCACGGGCUCGGCGGCUCGGCCUAUCAACACGUCUACACCCACAUGAGUCACUUCUUACAGAGGUGCUUUGCAUGAAGUCCACUGGAUCCCAAAAACCUCUUUUCAUUGUUUCAUGUGAAUAAAAAAUAUAAAUUUUGGGGAUCAAGACUUCAAAUGUAAAUGCAGGCUUGAUUACUAGUGGAAACGUAUUGAGUAAAAAGUGGGCCAAAACACGACAUUGGAGCUGGUAUUUUUACUUAUAACACAUCUACAUGUACAAUGUAAUGAAGUUUGUUUCAUGAAUUUAACUUUUAAAGAGGUUUUUACUUGACCUGGGCAAGAAAUCGAUAUAAUAAUGUGAUAGUUUAAAAUGUCGUAAAUGUACUUGGACAUGAAGAGUAUUUAUAGUUCAGAAACAUAAUGCUCCACAGUGAUUUUAUACAGUUUUACUAAAUUUAUGAAAGUUUUGACUGUAUUAUGUAAUAACUGUUUUGUAAAAUAAUAAAGGAAUAAAUAAUGAGAACCUC